AUGGCGGCGGUAGAUCCAGAAGCUUUGUCCAAGGCCUUCGUUGCCCAUUACUAUACGACGUUCGACCAGAACCGGGCCGGGCUUGCCAAUCUCUACCAGGACCCGUCCAUGCUCACCUUUGAAGGCCAGAAGUUCCAGGGGCCCCAGCAGAUCACCGCUAAGCUAACCGGCUUGCCUUUCCAGCAGUGCCAGCAUCAAGUCUCCACUGUCGAUUGCCAGCAAUCAGGCCCUGCUGGUGGGAUGCUUGUUUUUGUCUCCGGCAAUCUUCAGAUAGCCGGCGAGCAGCAUCCGCUCAAGUUUAGCCAGGCAAAUACUGUGGUUUACGAUAUCCUUGAUCAAUUAUAUGAAUUGAACCUACCAAGAUCCAAACGGAACGAUGAUUUGAAGUAUUUAACUGAAAUGGAAAGGUUUGACAUGAUGUUCCAUCUAAUGCCAACACCUCAGGGCAGCUAUUUUGUGCUCAAUGACAUCUUCCGGCUGAAUUAUGCAUAA